AUCCCGGUUUCCUGCUGUGCGGUGGUUUCUUUCGUUUCUUCUUUCACUUCUCUCGCCUCAGUUUCCCGUUCGUAUGAACAUAUGAACGUAUGCCUUAGGGUAUAUAGAAAUUGAUCUUCACUCGGGAUGGAUAUUGUCGUAAUAUAGGUAAACUUAGUAAUCAUGGGCCGUAUACGAUCUGACACGCAGACGUCCACCAGGGACUCGAACCGAAGACCGAGUAUUUGGGCGGGUAGUUUGCGGCGUGAUCACUUUCGCCUGGACGAUCUUCAGUCCGACAUGAUUCAAGAAGACCAGCCGUACACCCCGACAAAGUCAGGACCGUCGAAUGGCUCGAGACCCUCGUUCGCAUGGCCUUUUCAUGGCCGUCAUGGUUCAGAAGUACCUUCAACUGCGAGAUCAAGUCAUUUCACCCUUCGAACCUGGGGACAGCCCCGAAGUUUCUUCCGCCCUCAUGAAGAUACCGCAAGCAUCGAUAGAAGUAUCGUUCCAGACUACGUGGUCAACUUCUUAAGAGGAGAAACCCCCGAGACUCUAGCACAGAAGAAGAAGCAAAAGAAAUGGGGCCCGCAUGAUGUCGAAGUUACGCCUCGUAGAGGGACGUUUGCGUCGCAUCCUAUCGAAAUUGGUAAUUAUUACUCGUCUAGUUCAGAUGUCGGUCGUGAUCUAGAUACAAGUGGUAAUUGGAGUCAACAAAGUAACAUACGGAGGCAUAUCACCGGGUGGCGAGGUGGAAUCAUAUUCAACACAUUAAUUUCGUUUAUAAUUUUACUCGUUGGCAUUAUUUGCUUAAUACUGGUCAUCACCAAAUCUAAACUUAUAUCUGGAGAGUCAUCCAUCUUUUCAGGCGACUGCACAACAGCUGAGCAUAUCAACGUCGGAAUUCACAUCGCUAUUAACAUAUUUUGCGUCGCCAUUCUUUCCGGGGCAAACUACGUAUUUCAGGUCCUCUCAAGCCCGACGAGACGAGAGUUGGCGGCAGCACACGAAAACAAGAAUUGGCUUGAUAUCGGCAUACCCUCGUUACGCAACUUCACACAUAUCUCUGGGUUCAGAGCUUCGAUCGCAAUCAUUGCCCUCUUGAGUGCGGUCGUGACUCAAGUAAUAUAUAAUGCAGUAAUCUUCACGACUCAGAAUGUAGUUAGUUACGACGUACUGUUCGUAACACAAUCAUUUCUCGACCACGCUCCUUUUAGCAACGAUACGAAGUUCAAUGAGGGCGGACUCUCCAGUAUCGAUAUCACUAGACUCCAGGAUGCCAGCAGCCAGAACAGGUUGACUGACUUGGAUUCGACGACCUGUCUACACGAAUUUAGCGACAUAUUCCAGCCUUCUUUUGAUACUGUUUUACUUAUCACGGACUCGACUUCCACUACAUCGUCUCUCAUUCAUACCAGCAAGCCUGGUACUCCACUAACUACCUUCACUUCGAACAACAACGAUAUUGUGGCUCCAGACGGCUCACUUGUUCAACACUGCCUUGCCCGCCCUAGUGCGCCGCAGAGCUGCAGUGUCAACCUUAGCGGUUCCAUCCUAGGAGUCGCCGUACUACUCAACCUCGCAUCCGUCAUUAGCAUGGCGAUUAUUCUAGCAAGGUCUACUUUCGACCCUCUCGUAACACUUGGCGAUUCGAUCCGCUCGUUUCUCCGUAAUCCCGAUCCGACAACGGUUAAUAUGUGCCUAUUAACAAAGACCGAUGUCAAACAAGGCCGUUGGGGUUCUAGCGAAGCUCAAUUCUUCGUUCCGGCUAGCCACUUCUGGGCACAAACUCCAUCGCUCCCCCGCUGGAUGCUAACGGCGUUCGCCUGGCUGGUAAUCGGGGCACCAACUGCGGUUGCUGUCGCAUUCCUAAUCCCUAAGGUCAUAGAAAACCCCUUCACACCCUUCGGCGUCGCAGUACCUCACCUGACCUAUCUUCUACCCUCCCCUGCCCAGGCAGCGCAGAUGGCGCUCUUCGCCGCAUUGCCACAACUAUUUCUCGCUAUGCUCUAUUUCGUCACUAACUCCCACCUCACAACGUACUUCCUUUCGCACGAAUUAUCACUCUUCGCCCUCGGCCCCCGACCUCUCCGAGUCUCCUCUAACGCAGCCGGCGGGCAAAAUACAAGUCUCUACUUAACGCUACCUCGCCCUGUUUCGUGGGCUUUGGUCGGUUGGUUUGCCGCAAUGGGAUUCGCGCUCAGCCAGGCCAUGUUUCCCGGCGUCAUCAUUCUCUCGUCACGUCGAUCAUCAAAUCCGGUUUCCAACAAGAUCGUAGCUAUCUCGUUCAGUACGCAAGCACUGAUAGCCUUGCUCAGUCUCCUACUAAUCCUCAUCCUUGCCAUAAUUGGUCUUGGGCUAAAACGCGCGCCGACAGCAUCGCUUGCUAGCGGAGAGGCCAACGGCAACCCGAUGGUUUUGGGCGGUGGCUCCUGUAGCGCCGUUAUAAGCGCCAAGUGCCACAACCACGAUGUAAUUGCGCCGGGCCAGGCUAUGCAGGGCGACGAUCGCCAUCUGUGGCUCCGUCCUAUCUCCUGGGGCGUUAUUGAGGAAGGAGCCGGUAUGCGGCCCGGCCGGUGCGGAUUCUCCGCCAGCGGAACGGGCUGUGUGGACGCGGGGCGGAACUACGUCUGAGGGACAACGGAAGCCCCUUAACAACGCCGUCCGUAUUUUUGACAUUCACCGAGCAGGCGGAGGGAUGUGGAUUUGGCAUCAUUUUUUGGAAUUUAGCGAUAGUAAGGAUGGACUAACUACCUAGGCAUUCUAUAUAUAUACCCCCAUCGCGUUCGCGGGAGCGUGUUUUUUCUUCCCCAUUUUCAGGUCUACGGUUUGGUCUCGGGUUCGGGUGUGCUACAUAUAUCGAACGAGGUGUUACGUGAUGAUUUAAGAGGGCGGAUACGUCGAAUAUGCCUGCGCCGAAAACGGGAGAUAGGGUUGACGGACUGAGCUGUCUGAUUGAUAGGGCCAGGGCCCCUAGGAAUGAUUGUUCCCUUGCGAGAUUGAUUCUCGCAACGUGGCGGUUUAGCGAAUGCGUACCUACUAUAUACCUCCUAAUCUAGGUUAAUUUACGUAGAUGAAUACGCUGCGAAAGAAAAUGAAAAAUGAAUAAAGCUAGCUUAUUUCUGGCAUUUGAUAAAGUUCCCUUCUCUAUCUCUUAAUUAGGUACCCCAAGGAGCUCUGUUAUUUCAAACAGUUC